AGCAGUCUAUGGUUUUGUAUUGGUUGCUCACAACUUCCAUUCGAACAUGAUAGAAGUUAAAGUAUGGAGUACCACCCUUUUGAUCGUGCUAAUUGCUACCUGUUCUCUCAUUGCUAGCAGUCAUGCUGCAGUUCCUCCCCUUGGUGAUGCAAAUUGUAAGGAAGGGAGCUGCGAUUCAGUCAAUUGCGCAAGUGUUGACUGCAGUUUUGGUAAAGUGAUGGCCGAUCCAAGUAGCCCCUGUGGAUGUUGCAAGCUGUGCAUUUUUUACAUUGGAGAAAACGAAGCUUGCGGUGUCAAUAUGAAUAACCGAGAAUGUGGACCAGGUCUAACCUGCGCAAUCCAGACCCCAGGAUCGGAGUAUAAAUGCGUAAAACUGGAGACGUCUUGCUUCAAAGCCCAGAUGGAUUAUGACGAUCGAAAAUCAAGCGGUUCCCUGGGCAUGUAUGAAACACGCCCCAGGUGUGACGACAACGGAGAUUUCAUUGCAAGAAAGUGUCAGCCAGGCAGCAGCUGUUACUGCGUCGACGUGGAGAACAACCGAAUUUUUGGUGAAUCUCCGCCGAGUUACGCGACCAGUGACGUAGCAAUGAACUGCGAAUGUUCGCGGGCAUAUCAGUCGGCAGCGCAGCAGGACUCGCUUCGUACCGUACAGUUCCCUCACUGCUUACCAAACGGAAACUAUGACCGGCUGCAGUGUGUAAAUCAAGCCUGCUUUUGUAUUGACUCUGCCAACCAGACUCUGACGUCCUCUAUUCAACCCAUUACAGCUAUUACGGAGCUUCCUUGCUAUAAAACCGAUCUGCACACACCAAACUAUUACCGGCCUUGCGAAUUGGAAAGGAUAAAGGCUAAAAUGUUAACCAAAAGCUACAACCGUCAAAAUAUUAUAUUGAUUGGAACAGAACAGCUAGAUUGCUCACCUGAUGGAUUCUACCAGCCCGUUAUUCAAACCAAGUCCACAUUGUACUGCGCAGAUCCUUAUGGAGAAAAGAUUGAACAUUUUGAAAUCGAGAAAGAACCAGCGACUGCCAACUCCAUGAACUGCAAAUGUGCAAGAACACGGUAUUGGCUAACCAACCAGAAUGUAGCCAAACCGUAUUGCUGUACCAAUGGUAAUUAUCGACCAAUCCAAUGCCGCGGAGGGGUAUGUUUCUGCGUCGAUCCUGAUGGAAAUCAGAUUGGGAUUGAAGUUCAAACGGACAAGUUAACAGAGUUAAAAUGUUUUCAACAGGAUCAGUAUCCUAACUGUUAAUAUUUAAAAUUUUUAAUACCGAUCUAGAAUAGAACUACAUUAAUUCUGCUAAUUUUUCAUGUGUGAAUUCUAACAAUAAAUCGUGAAAAAACCUU